AUGGAGUGGUCACAGCUCAAGCCCCCUAUCAAUUUUGUGACUAUUCACUAUGCCUACAUCAUCUUCAUGGGCCUUCUUUCCUUGGUCAUCCUCUACCCGGCCGGUAAUUUGAAAGCCAUCGAUGCCUACUUCUUUGGUGCCAGUGGAUCAACCGAGUCAGGCUUGAAUACCGUCGACGUAAAGGAACUCUACUUGUACCAACAGCUGUACAUAUAUUUCAUCCCCAUGUUCACGAACCUCGGCUUCAUCAAUGCUUUCACGGUCCUCGUUCGCCUAUUCUGGUUCCGCAAACAUCUCAAGAAAGUCGCGCCCAAGCUUCUCACACGCAAACGUGGUCGACAAACCCCAGAGCCAGAGAAGGAUAUCGAAGACGCUGAGGAGCCCAAGACUCUUGACGACCCUGAAACGGCGGACAACACUGUAGCAGCCGAGGCCCCAUCGAAUAUAGGCCGACAUAUCACCAUUGAUCCAUCUGCGAAUCUCCCGAGGGAGGACUCGACUCUGUACAUCCCAGGGCCUCGCGAUCGAGAACAUGGCUCGCCCUUGAUGGAAGUGGACCGAAAGAGCUACGAUGACGAUGCCAUAAAACCUGUAGACACCAUCGCGAGCUCUAGCAACGCCGAUCUCCGUCGACGAAACCCCAAGAGCUCGGGUACCUUUGCUCCGUCAACCGGAAACAUUGCCAGCGUGGCUCGAUCCAUGCUCAUCCUCGACACCGAGCGGUCUCAGCAUCGCAACUCCCGCGCCUCAAGCAUGACGCGUCCUCCAGUCAAGGCCGUUGAGCUCGACAAGACUCUGUCCUUGUCUCGCCAUGCUACCAUUGGGCGCAACGGAGAAUUCCAAAACCUGACCAAGGAAGAUCGCGAGCGACUGAGUGGCAUAGAGUAUCAAAGUCUCAAGUUGCUCCUGAAGAUUGUGUUUACGUAUUUCUUUGGCCUCCACAUCUUUGGUGCGAUCUGCCUCGUCGGCUGGGUCCAAUACGCCAGUCCCAAGUACACGAAUGUCCUGCAACAGGCAGGGCAGGACAAGAACUGGUGGGCCUUCUACUCGGCGCAGACCAUGGUCGACAACUUGGGUUUCACACUCACCCCCGACUCCAUGAUCUCUUUCCGGGACGCCCCAUGGCCCAUGCUUAUCAUGAGUUUCCUCGCCUUCGCCGGCAACACAUUGUACCCCGUGUUCCUCCGCCUCGUCAUCUGGACCUUGUCCAAAAUCGCGCCAAGGGGAUCGUCGAUUCAACAGCCUCUGCAUUUCCUUCUGAAGUACCCACGCCGUUGCUACACACUCCUCUUCCCCAGCGGUCCCACCUGGAUUCUCUUUGGCAUCAUCUUCGCCCUGAACUUUAUCGACACACUCUUGAUCAUUGUCCUCGAUCUGGACAACCCCGAGGUCAACGCCCUCCCCAUUGGGAAGCGCAUCCUCGCGGCCAUCUUCCAGGCCGCCUCUUCCCGGCACACGGGCACGUCGUCCUUCAAUCUCGCCAGCGUCAGCCCAGCCGUGCAGUUCAGCCUCAUGGUCAUGAUGUACAUUGCCAUCUUCCCCAUCGCGCUGAGCAUCAGGGCGUCCAACACGUACGAAGAGAAGUCGCUCGGCAUCUACCCGAAUGAGGGCCCGCUCAACGAAGCAAAUGGACGGUCCUAUGUCAUGACCCACCUGCAGAACCAGCUCAACUUUGACUUGUGGUAUAUCUUUCUCGGCAUUUUCUGUCUGUGCAUCGCAGAGGCGGAGAGAAUCGCCAACCCAGACGAGCCCGCCUUUACUGUCUGGACCAUCUUCUUCGAGGUCACCUCUGCAUAUGGCAACGUGGGCCUGAGUCUCGGUUACCCCACCGUCAUGACAUCCCUAAGCGGCAUGUUUGGCGUCUUUGGCAAACUUGUCAUCUGCGCUAUGAUGAUUCGUGGACGCCAUCGCGGACUGCCCUACUCCCUUGACCAUGCCAUCAUGCUUCCCGAUGAAGAUCUUCUGCAUAUACAAGACGAGAGGGACGACGAACCGUGA